CAGCAGAGUAGUGCCCCAGCUGAUGGAAGUGUUCCUUUCGGCGAGUCUGGCGUCGUUAUCAAGGAAAUUCCAACAGCUGGAGGCGAGUGCAGUGCCGUUAUGAAGGACGAUGAUGACAUUUUCGAUUGUGUUACCAUAAGACUGACCAAACCGGAGUCGCGGCCUAUUGUCGGGUCUUACGCACAACGCACUAUUCCUUUCCGCAGCGCCUCGUUUUCUCAAGUGGAUUUUUCGUCAGCUGACGGCAAGUACAUUCGCAGUAACAUAAAAAGUAGCCCAUUUUCGUGUUUUCCGAGCUCUUCUGCAGGCGGAACGCCGCUUCCAUUGUCCGCAACGUCUGUGAUCGCUGGGGGAUCGCUCACCUUGCCGCGCAAGAAGUUACCCGAUGUUCCGGCAGUUUGCGCUGAGGAACCCGGAGGAUCCACGCCGUCCGUCGAUUCUGCCGUGGGAUCAGACGAGGGUUCUGUGACAACAGCCACGUCGAAAAUCCCCAUUAUUAGCAAGAGUACUGACUCGUCGGAUGCGACACACAAAGUUCCUGGUUCAAGAUCGCUAACCUAUCCUCUACCGAGACGAGGAACCCGACCAGAUGACGUCAUCCCGUUUAGUUCAAUUGACGGAAACGGACUGAAGAGCUUGCAGUAUGUAACUGCUGGCAGGGAACUGCACGAAGUACAGGAAGAGAGCGAAACAUCCUUGGCGGAUAGUCAGCAGUCGUCGUGCAGUCAGGAUGUAGUAGGAGGCACACAGCAUUCACCAGAAGGUGAAAUUGCUCACGACUGGAGAAAAUCAGAAGAAUGUCACCUGACCUGCGAGCCGCCUGUGUGCCUGGGGGAGUUGGUAGUUUCUUCUUCAGACAAGUGCGCGCAGACAGCAGCGGCGGAAUUGUCUGCAGAGCAUUCCUAUGAACACUGUGCACCAGAAAGUGAGGACACACGAAAUACUAGUCAAACCGAGGAACAGUUCUGUGUCCAAACUAGUGAAGAAGACAAGAUUAUAUAUUUAGUGAGUGAUGCUAAUUCGUCAGACGUCGUUAAAGUGGAAAAUUACCCUGCGUUGGAGGAGGAAUCACUGAAUGGUUGCCAAGAAAACGCUGAUGUAUUGCAGGAGUGUCUUAGUGUCGGUUAUGGCAAGACAUUAGCAAGUGAGGACACGGGACAACCAAGAGUGUUGGAGGAAAAUGGCCGGGAAGUUUAUAUAACGCAGUGGCCUAAUAAUGAAGUCCAAGACGCGAGUGACACUAAAGAGGUUUUAGAAGUUGUAAAGCCAUUGUCUCAAGAAGACUUUCAUUGUAUGAGUGGCGACUGGUCGGACGUGCAGAUCGAGAACUGUAACGCCAAGCCGUCCACUGACGUUACUGGAAAUAAAGCUGAGGAACCAGAAAAGACCAGGUACUCCGACAGUUCUCAGGUUGAAGAAUCGUGCACUGAUGUGGAGGACAAUCCGCCGACACAUACGGUAAGCAUCGUGUCCCCUCAGUGGCAGCGUUCUGAAGAAUGGGAUAGUGCUCAAGAGGAAUCACUGAGCCCUGACGAGGGAAUUUCUUCUAAGGUGCAGUGGCCGAGAUCAGAACGCUGGUUGGAGAAGCCCAAGUUGGUAUACCAGAGUUCCGAGGAGAGGGAAGAAGACAGCACGGCCGUGCCAAGACGUUUUCGGACACCAGUGCGCGCGGACUCGCUGUCAGAAGGGGAGAGUGAUCAGGGCGAUCGCUGCCCAGUCACCCGAGACUGCACCGCCUCGCCAUCUCCUUUCGCUCCCUCGGAUUUGUCCGAUUCCGAAGGACGUACAGGGGGAAGUGCCGGGAGCGAAUCGAGAAGCCCCCAUACCCCGCGACGCUACUCCAAGCGUCCUCUGAGAGGUCCGUACGGUCAGAUGUUGGAAGCUGAGAUGAGCAAAGCAGAGACGAAUCGCAUGUCUAAACUACAAUUGGAGUUUUUGGAGAAGUACGUGUCUUCGCCACCUGACUCCAGCCGGUCCUCGCCAGCUGCCCCUGAGUCGGCCAACUCCAAUAACUCUCGCCCCAGAGCCCUUACCACACAGUCCCUCGAUGAUUCGCAGCUGAAGGGCGGAUAUGGGCGCUCGUCCCCCGCUUCAACCCCAUCACGCCCCUCCCCGAAACGCAAAGUGAGCGCCAAUAUCCCAUACUCGGCCCCACACGGCGAGACGCAAAGCCUCCAGCAGCAACCACAGCAGCCGCAGCAGCAGUUUGUGUGUCAUCAGCGGACAACCUCCAGCCCGUCACAGCUGGAAGGGUAUUCCGGUACCAGCCCCCGCCCGGAGUUACUGGCGGAGCUACUCCGGGGCAGUUCGGAGCGCAUGUACAACGGCAGUUCCGUGCAGCACGGACAGGACACACGGACUCAUGUCGUCGUGGAAAUAUAUGACACGGAACGCUCUUACGUCGAGUCGCUCCAGAUUCUAGUCAUGAAAUAUUUACAGCCCCUAAAGAGCCCCGAAAACGCCGGCCUGGUGGAUUCAGCAGUAGUUGAUGCAAUGUUUUAUCAGAUACCCGCAAUUCUUGCACAUCACGAGGUUUUCCUUGAGGAACUGAGGAAGAGAUUGCAGCACUGGGACAUCAAACAGAAGGUUGGAGAUGUUUUCCUGGACGUGUUCACAAAAAAGGCUGUAAUAGAAACUUACACGUUAUUCCUCAACAACUUUAAGACGGCAAAAGAAGCGAUCAAGGCCACGUGCCAGGCAAAGCCUGCAUUUGCCAGAUUUCUGGAGGCAAUGGCAAGGGAACACAAAGGAAAGCUUGCGCUAGACUGUCUACUCAUCAUGCCAGUCCAGAGGAUACCACGUUAUGAGCUCCUUAUUCAGACGCUGCUGAAACACACGGAUCCUUCACAUCCCGAUCACCAGCUGCUGUACGAAGCGCAGCGAGAAGUACAUGAUCUUGCAAUGAAGAUCAACUGUACUGAGCGGGAAACUCUGAAGGAGCUGGAGGCGUUAAUUGAAGGAUUAAUCAAUCUGGUGGCAGCUGAUCGUACCUUUAUCAGGCAUGACCUUGUUACCAUGGUGUCUGGUCAGGGCACACGCAAGGAGCGGGCACUUUUCUUGUUCUCUGACUUACUUGUCAUCACAAGCAUAAAGCGUAGGAGUGGGACUAUUCGGAAACCUUCCACGAGUUGUCCUGGUAGUGUUGCUAGUACGUUGGAGGCAAACAAAUACAAGUUGCUCAUGCGGAUUCCUCUGGAUGAUUUGGAAAUAGUGAAAGCUAAAGAUGAGAACUUGCGUCGGAUGCUGAAUGAGAUGGAAAACCUUGCUGAGGAUGUGACGAUACUGAAUCAGAUCAAUGAUCUCAUCAUGUCCCUUCAUUGUCCGCAUGGUCAGCUGGAGGAAGUUAUCCGAGAAAUGCUUUCAUCUGUCAAUAAACAGCUGAUUGAGCGCCAGACCAGUGACUCGCAGCUCUCAUACCUUGAGCUGACACUCAGCACACAAAAUGGAAUUGAGAAUUUAUCAGUGGUUUUCACAAAACCAGAUAAAAGGACAAGUUGGGAGGAGUCAUUCAACGAAGCUAAACAGAAGCUGGCGCUCUCGGCAGACAGGCGUCCAUCUCCAGAGUUCCUGUCUCCGCUGCCCAUCCGAAAGACGAGGGCCGGCUUGCAGUUUACCUGCGCAGCUCCAACUCUUGGUCUCAAUGCCUACAAUAUGCGUGAUGUGUGGGUGUGCAACAGUGAUGGUUACGUAGGUCAGGUGUGCGUGUUGAGCUUGCAGCCCGAACCAACGGUCAUCUCCUGCAAUGGGGUGUGCAAUGCCCGUAUUCUGUGCAUAGCAUCCAUUCCUACAGGAAUAAUGGGACUAAGUUCGAGCUGCAGCAUAGGACAGCCAUUCACCAACAGUAAGGCUGGAAUCAGUAUUUCUGUAGAAGACACAGAUGAGAGUGGUGGAAAUACAGUUCAGCUUGACAGUAGUUCCUCCAGUGAAGAUGAGGAUGAAGGUGAAGAAGGGAUGCCUGGACCUGGAAUUAGCAUCAGUGUUGAAGAGGACCCAAAGCGGAUACGAAGCGCAUCAGACUCGCUGGUUUGCGAGACAUCCAUUGUGACUGAAGACACGGACAGUUUGCAGCCUACAAUGUGGCUUGGAACGGAGGAUGGUUGUAUUCAUGUAUAUAAUUGCAGUGACAAUAUUCGCAUAAAAAAGAACAAAGUCAAGAUACAGCAUGGGUCAUCUGUUCACAGUAUCAUUUAUCUGGACAACAGGGUGUUUGUCUCCUUAGCAAAUGGUGACAUCACUGUGUAUGUGCGGGACCACAAUGGUGGCUGGAAUACAACAGACCCCUUUACAGUGUCUGUGGGAACUGCAGCGACUCCAGUCACGCGAAUGCUACCCAUAGCAGGCAAACUGUGGUGCGGCUGCCAUAAUGCUAUAAAGAUACUCAACACCGCUUCACUGGAGGUGGAGCAUUCAUUCCAAGUGAACUCGGACAGCAGUCGAGCCGUGACGUGCAUCGCGCUGUCGGGUCUCGGUGUGUGGAUCUCCCUGCAGAACUCUGCAGUUGUCAGGCUGUUCCAUGCAAUGUCAUAUGAGCCGUUGUGUGAUGUGAAUGUAGCACCCGCAGUUACGAAAAUGUUAGCCAGUUGUGAUGACAUAAUCCGGCAGCACAAGGCAGCGUGUCUUCGUGUGACGUCUCUCCUUGCCUGCAAGGAUCUGCUGUGGAUUGGCACGAGUGCAGGUGUUAUCCUGACUAUGCCACUGCCACACAUUACUCCUGCCACAACAAAGCUGGCCAAUGUACCCAAUGCCACAGGGGUUCCUCAUGGACACACGGGUCAUGUUCGAUUCCUAACAUUUGUGGAGACAGUUCCUGCGCAGAGUGGCGACAGUUUGAUGGUACGGUCAAGUGCUCACCAUCGACACUCUAUGAAGAGCAAGCCUGAACUGCAGAGCUCAAGUAAUACCAGCGUUAAACUGCUGGUCAUCUCGGGUGGCGACGGUUACGAAGACUUCCGCACCUCGAGCGUGUCUGAGGUUGCGGGUAGAGAGGACUCGACCAAUCACCUCCUGCUGUGGCAUGUGUGAAGUGCUGUAAGUCUUGUGGUUGUGUAACUUAUUUUUAAUUUAACUGCUCAGCGCUGAUAACUUGGACUCACCUGUAUUCCUGACUUAGAUGUUCCGUUCGGAUGGAUAAUGAACUGUACACGUUCUUUGAGGAUGAUGGACGUCACAUGAGGAUAACCACGUCGGUAUACAUUUUCGAUCUUAAGACAGCCACAUGUAUGGCUUUGUACCGAUACAGACUAUGAUGUAACGUAUUUGUUACACGUGAAUAAUUCAUUUCUGAAUGUAAGCAGCCACGUGCUUUGCGAUAAACGUGCAUUUUAUAAUGGAAUAACAUCUCUGUGUAUUGUUGCAAAUUCCAUAUAACAGCUGUUGAUCAUUUUGAUUGUAGUAAAUCAUGAAGCUGAUGUCAUUUCUUACGAAACAGAUUAAGAUGCAUUUACUCUUGAUUAGAAAUGGCGUAUUUAUGAGAGUGUUUCAUUUAAUGUGAAGGUGAAGUUGAAAGUUAAAUUCCACACGUAAACUUUUUGUUGGGCAUGUGUGUCAGUCUGUGCAAUGGAGGACCAAAUGAAUACUUCAGGUUUACCUCUGUAAUUACGUUGGAACUCGUGCACACUCGUGAUAUUUUAGAGCUGUGAUGGGAUUCUAAAGUCCUACAGAGAUGGGAGCUGUCACAUUUAGAGAAAAGUGAGUUUCAUAUUAUGCAUUCCUCACACAAAGUUUAUAAAAUGCAGAAGUCCAUCUGCCAUUCACAUGGCUCUACUUCCAAAUGACCAAAUUCCAGUUAAUACUGCCAGGCAGAUUUUAUUUUGGUUCAUUUAACUCUAUAAAAUAUAAUGUUCAAGCCUAGAGCAUAAAUUUUUUAAAAAUUCAACUUUAGAAUCCAUUAAGAAUUUCAGAACAUGAUGACUUUCUGUUUUGUCAGGGUCAUUUUACCGGGAAAUAUAUUGUUCAAGGAAAUAAAUAAGAGUGCUGAAAUGUACACUUACGUAAGUAAUUGGAUGGGUGCCACGUUGACCCUUGCACUGCAAUCAUUAACAGAUCUUUUGUACAUCCCUGUACUUCUAAUCCACUAGUAGUUCCAUGCUAGCAACGAAGCACACUGCCGAAGCGGCAAAACUGAAUCUUAAAACUUUGAAUACCGUGUAGUGUAUUAGAAUAUAAAAUAAGCAAACAAACACUAUGAGAGACACUAGCGCCAAACGCAUUUCAACCUCAAGUGUCUUUCAUAGUGUUUGUUUGCUGAUUUUAUAAGCAAUAUUGAAGAUUGGACAAUACCUCACAGUCACAAAGAACAUGUCAGGCUGCUUCUAUUUCGUCGUAAUACCUACUACAAUUGUGGCUACUUACCUUCAUCAAUUUGUGAGCCUGCGUAGCUCAGUCAGUAUAGUGACUGGCUAUGGACUGGACGACCGGGGGUCGAUCCCCGAAGGGGACAGAGGAUUUUUCCUCUGGCCUCUGCGUCCAGACCAGCUCUGGGGCCCACCCAGCCUCC